AUGUUUGGCAUAAUUAUGUGUGCUUUUAAUAUAUGCCCUUUUCCUUUUGUUACAGGGGCGGGUGAAGAACUCGGCACUGAAACUAAAGUCACUCAGCCCAGCUUUGAAGAUGAAAAAGAAGUUGAUAAUCGCAGUUCUACACUGCCCGAAGCUCUGGCCGGGCCUGGUGAAGAACUCGGCACUGAAACUGAAGUCACUCAGCCCGGCUUUGACGAUGAAAAUGAAGUUGAUAAUAGCAGUUCUACACUACCCGAAGCUCUGGCCGAAGAAAUUGUUGUACCUGAACCAAAGAAAUUCUCAUGGCAGGAACCCACCGAGGCAGUUCCAGUAUUAACAGAUGAUGUCGAGACGGAAGUAAUCGUGGACAGCUUAUCCAUGUACUGCGACGAUGGAAAGCACGACUCGCUGCUGUCGGAACAGCUGGACGAGGAUCACAAAGGUACUGCAGUGAGUCCCGCAGUAGACACGGCGUUUCGAUGCAACGUGCGACGCUGCUAUAGUCGGUGCAGCGACUUGGACCUGUGCGGCGCGUGCGAGGCCGACGGAGCGCACCACCAACACUACGCUGAGGGUUCCCGCCGACAGACAAGCG